AUGGGGGGAAUUAAAGCCAGACGGGAGGUGUUGUUCCUCGCCGCCCUCUUCCCUACCCUCAUCGCCCUCUCCAUGGCCAGAGUCACGUUGGUUCCCGGUGGCCGCUUGGAAGACGGCAGUUCCCUAAUCUCCUCCGAUGGGAGCUUCAAGCUGGGAUUCUUCGCGCCAGGGAAGUCGAAGUUCAGGUACCUUGGUAUCUGGUACAGCCAGAUCUCUGACCAGACGGUGGUCUGGGUGGCCAACCGUGACAGCCCCCUACGGGAAAAUACGGGCGUCCUCUCCAUCCCCACCAACGGCAGUCUCUUUCUCUCCGACUCAAAGGGAAUAAUCUACUGGUCGACGCCGAUGACGAGACUUGCUGGGCCAGUUGCGAAGCUUCUGGACAACGCCAACUUCGUCGUGGCCGGCGGGCGAAGGUGGAUACGCCUGGCAGAGCUUUGA